AUGGACGACGAACUUAUGAGACAAGCCGCGAUUGACCUCCCCACAUUCACGUUUGGGCAUCUCCUCGGAAUUGGUGGGUACGGUGAGGUAGUAGUAGGAAUUCAUAUCAGGUCUGGCAUCAAGUAUGCCAUUAAGAUUGUCCCUGCUAGCGACUAUCCUCCAGACCGCAAGAUGUUCGAUAGAGAAGUCCAAAUCAUGAAGGACUUGCUCGGAUCUUCGACAAACAUCGUCCAACUGGUGGAUAGUCAGGUACGUGUGUCAAACUGGUACCUGAUCAUGGGGCUUGCGCUUGGAGGGGAACUCCUCCAAGCCGUUCUCUAUACCGGUCGUGAAGACAGAGCGAGGUCAAUUGUCCGUGAUAUCACUGAGGGACUUAAGGCUAUCCACCGGAAAGGGAUCAUUCAUUCGGACAUCAAGAUGGCAAACAUCCUUCUCACGUCAAAUGACGAGAAUUCUGUUGCAAUGAUCGCCGAUUUUGGUCUGUCAAGAUACGUCAAGGAUACCGCUACCGCUUGUGGCGGUACCACGGGUUGUAUGGCGCCUGAACUGGAAUUGAAUGCUUACACCUGUGGGACGGAGAUCGAUAUGUGGUCACUGGGGAUUCUGGUUUGGGAUAUGUUCUUCGUGGGCCGCCCCAAGAUGCAGUGGGACUUCGUUAGUAACACCAAUGCGAGAAUCACCAAUUUCCCUGUGGGUAGAAUUUCUCUUGAGGCGGAAAGCUUUAUCAGACACUGCUUAAAUGGUGACCCAACCAAGAGAAUGACUGCGUCCAACGCUCUCGAGCACCCGUGGCUCAAGCAAGGUGGUAGGUUCGGUGUAGCUCCUCCAACUGUUUCAGCUAUGCCAAUCAUCACACCUCUUCCCGUUCCUGCUCCAGGUGCUCCAGUUCGCAGGGCACGUGUUCGCGAAGCAGCCCCGGCUGUUUAUCGUCAGAGACCGAACCGUUGCCUUGGCGACAAGAAGAUCAGGAACGCCUCUUUCAUUUGA